AUGUCUGGAAUCUUGCACAAAGCCGAGGAUGCCUUACACAUCCACCACGAUAAGAAGAAAUCUAUCGAUAACGGAGAACAAGGGAAGCAGCCCGAUAUUCAUGCUGAUAAGCACUCUCAUGGACACAGUCAUGAGGGUAAACAUCUGAGCCAGGAUGAGAGAGAUCGUGCCGAUUUUGAGGCUGCGAGACACUAUGAUCAUGCUUUAAAGAAUAGUCAUGGUGCAGGUGUUGGGUUUGAGGAGUAA